AUGAAACUCAAUCUGUCGCCCGGUGCCUGUAUUUUUGAAGCUGGAACGGGUAGCGGAAGCUUUACGCAUUUUCUUGCUCGCACUGUAGCACGUGGUCCACCUGCUGCCAAUGGUCAUGGACAGACGUCAAAUGUAUGGCAAACACAGCGGGAUUCUCUGACGCCUGCCAUCUCGAACGUACACGAAUCUGAGUAUGAAGGCCGCGUAUAUUCAUUUGAGUUUCAUGCCGAGCGCGUCGAACGGGCUCGCAAAGAGUUUGCCGAGCACGGUCUUGAUACCACAGUUGUUCUUGAACAUCGGAACGUUUGCAAGGAUGGAUUUGGCCUCACCAACAAGGCUGAUGCAGUGUUCUUAGAUUUGCCUGCACCUUGGGAAGCUGUGCCAUUUGCCAAAGAAGCUCUGCGACAGGACAUAUGCACGCGAAUCUGCUGUUUCUCGCCUUGCAUUGAGCAGGUUUUGCGCACAGUGUCGACACUGUCGGAGCAUGGGUUUACGGAUGUAACGACGUAUGAGAGUCUCGUUCGCACGCAUGAAUCUUUAACGAAUGUGGCACCUCUGGACUCGAUCUCGCAAGUAAUUGAGCGGAUCCGGCAGGCGGAGGCGAAGCGCGAAACCCGGCGGCAGCUGCAGAUUGCCAACUCUAAAGCGGAGCGAGAGCGACGUCUUCAGGCCCAGCAGACAGAAGGGCAAUGCGAAUAUACAAGCGCAGAGCCUGAUGUAAGAGAGUCGGUGGGUGAAACUGUUGCUCCGCAGUGCGACGGGGCAAAUCAGGGAGCUACCAGUGUAUCGAAGGCUAGUGCGAGUCUCAACUUGGAGAAUCAAGACAUUGAUACCGAAGGCCCGCCUCGUCUGGAUAGCCCGAGGCAUGGAGCUCCUAAUCCUGCAUCGCAUCCUGCGCAAAAGCGUAAAUCCGACGAUUUGGAGCAGGAAGAUGGCGACGCAGAUCAAACACAAACAACACAUGCAGGUGAGGAAACUUCACCCAACGUGUACGAGCAGGAGCCUGAAGCUGAAAUCCUGUUCAGCCAUGGCUUUCGGCAAAAGGUCGAACGUCGGCCUAUGCAGCCAGCCAAUGUCUACUCGCGUCCAUACGCACAAAUGCGGGGUCACACUAGUUAUCUUACAUUUGCGCUCUUGCUACCCCGUACUACGUAG